UCAGACCCAGAAAAGCUGCUUGAACGCCUCCAGGAGAGCUUACAAUCAUCUCCCUCGUUCGUGAAUUUUGAGUCUACCGGUAGUUAGAACGCCUUCAGCUCUAUAAUUGCGUGCGUCCCAUGCUCCUUCCUCACCUCUAUUCGUCGCGGUCUUCGCGUGUUACUCCACAGCCGCGUGUUAUUCGCCUCACGGUCUCGUGUGCAAACCCUCUUUCCCUUUCUAAAUUCGUCUCCUAGUCAAACCGCUCAAGUAUUUUACCGACGCUUCAGAACGCCGCCGCGGCCGCUUUUUACGAACCAUCCACUCCCACAGCAGCCAUAAACGGUCUCAGUCCCGAAGUAGUCGAGGUUACCCCCGGUUCCCGAUUUCCCCUUUCCCGCUGCAAUCCAGGUGGUGAAUCAAAAAUCACCUCGCAAUCCAGGUGGUGAAUCAAAAAUCACCUCGCAAUCCAGGUGGUGAAUCAAAAGUCACCUCGCAAUCCAGGGGUGAAUCAUCAAACGCUCCUGCGGCGUUCAGGUGGUCGCAAUGCUUUCAUCCGACUCCUUCCUUCGCGAUUUGAUCGGCGGCCGCUACCGCCGCGUGCGGCUGAUCGGCCGCGGCUCGCACGGCACGGUGUGGGAGUGCGAGGACAUCCACACGUCGCUCCGGGUCGCCUGCAAAUCCAUCCCGCACGUGCGCGACGCGUCGUCGCGAGUGCACGCGGCGCCUGUGCGCGUGGAUGACAUCUGUACGGAGGUCUGCGCUUUAAAGACGGUCGGCGGGCAUCCUAACGUCGUCGGUCUAGUCGAGGUAAUAGUAGAUCCCGCCGAGGCGCACGUAAUUAUGGAGUUGGCGCCGGGCGGGGAUCUCCUAACGGAGCUCAUGCGGCGCGGCCCGUUGAGCGAGCCGCUCGCCGCUACAGUGGUGCGGCAGCUCGCGUCGGCUGUCGCGUUCUGCCACGCGUGCGGCGUCAUGCAUCGCGACAUCAAGCCCGACAACGUGCUGCUCGUGCGCCCUCCGCCGCCGUCCGCGCGGGCGCCGCCGGUGGCAGUCGCGCUCGCAGCCGCAGCUGCGGAAUCCGAGCGGGGCUCGGAAGCGGAUGGCGGAAGCGCAAGCGCAAGCGCAAGCGGAGGAGGAAGCGGGCGCGCGCGAGGUCCGGCUCAUCUGCAGGUUUUGGAGCGGGAGGGAAGGAGCAGCGCGGAACGCGGCAAGUUUACAGGGAACGGCUGGGAGCGCAGCAGCAGCGGGAGCAGCAGCAGCAGCAGCAGCGGGAGGUCGCAUCAACCCAUGAGUCGCAAUCUUCAUCACAAUCACCAUCAACAUAAUCACAAUCACCAUCCAGGGCACGUGGUACGGGUUUUCGGGAACCGAACCAACGUGUUCGGCUUGACCAACAGCCAAAGCACAGGCGGGAUUUUGUCGCGCGGAAACGAUGCUUCCGCGCAUGCUUCUCCGCCCGCCAGAACCGGCGCAGCGUCGCUCCCCUCUUCCCCUACAAAAUCCAAGCUACGUUGCGCUGACUCCCCCGCUUCCCCCUCGUCCCCCGCCUCCGUCUCCGCCACAUCGUCGCCUUCCCCGCCCGCCUCCCCCUUACGAAACAAGAGUCCGCGACCCUACAAUCCCGCAGGCCCCACUUGCGCUUCGGCCUCCCUUUCCUCCGCCUCUUCCUCCGCUCUCGGCGCUUCUUCCGCGCGCGGCGCAAGCCUUCGCGCGGGCUCCCCUUUGGCGGAAGAUUACGUGGGCGCGGAGCGGCAGAUUCUGGGCGUGAAGCUCGCGGAUUUCGGCGUUUCCGCGAUUCUCAAGGGCGGCAUGCGCGAGAUCCGGCGCAGCAGAGGCGCGGGGACGCCAGCCUAUAUGGCGCCGGAAAUGGGCUGGGGGAAGAGGGGAGACGGGCGCGGGGAAGCGGGGGAGAAGUUGGGGGAGAAGGAGAACGGGGCGAACAAGGGGGAUGGAGUGCAUGGCGGGGGAAAUAACCCUAGUUUAUUGGAUCUGCCAGCGUAUGGUGUGAAGGCUGAUGUGUGGAGCCUCGGGGUGACACUGUGCACAGUUUUAACUGCCCGAAUUCCCUCCCAUCCUGUAGAUUUCUCGAAAAAGGAGUGGGAGGGGGUAUCUGACGACGCGAAAGAUCUGGUCCGUCGGAUGCUGGUGGUGGACCCGGAUCGACGGCUGAGCUCGUUCGAGGUGUUGGAGCACCCGUGGCUGAAUCAGACGGCCGUUCGAUCCUUGGACCCUGCUGUCCGCUGCCCCCACCUGCUCUCGCCCGCCCUACCUGGCACAACGAGUGGUAACCAGGUUACAAGAAUCGUCUGCAUGUAGCUGCUGAAGGUGCCCUCUCCCCGACUCCUCGAUCCUUGGACCCCGCUGUCCGCUGCCCCCACCUGCUCUCGCCCGCCCUGCCCAGCAAAACCAGUGGUAACCAGGUUACACGGAUUGUCUGCAUGUAGCUGCUGCAGCAGGGACAGCAGUGAAACCAGUCGAAAGAGGUUGUAGCAGGGGCAGCAGCUAAUGGUAACAGCAGCAGGAGUAGCACGAAAGGCUGUAGCAGGGGCAGCAGCAAAUGUUGUAGCAGGGGCAGCAGUGGCUGGUGAGGGCUGCACUAGGGGCAGCAGGUAGCCCACAUGGGACCAAGACUGCAAUGCAAACAGCAAGUAUACCUCCAUACCAGCAGCAGUGGUAUUGACUCCGAGGCGGCUCAAUCGUCAACCAGACAAAUAACGUGAACAAGGAGAUGGUGGGAGGGCGAUGUACCACCUUAUGUGUUCAGGCAUGCAUCCCUUCCCACCUUACUCCUUGCACUAAUAACGAAGCGCCCCUUACAAGGCCCCAGGAGGAGCCAUGGCCCAGGGCUUACGGCAAUCGAAUUAUCCUCAGCACACCGUUAGAAUACUACUGUACCUACAUCUGGUGGGGAGGAGCUGGAACGUUACCAUGAGCGAAGUAGGCUGAAGAGAGCUCUUGGAUCAAGAGGUACUCCUUAUAAGGGCCCCUCGGUAACAGCCAGGGCGUUCUGUACUGUACCUAUGGUAACAGCCAGGGCGUUCUGUACUGUACCUAUGGUGGUGGUGGCCCCGUGAUUGAGUUUUGCGCCGGACCGGAAUGCACCUACCUACCCUUGUAUUGGUUUGGAAAAUCUAAUGGAUUUGCCCCAUUGCUCCUACGUUAAUUUUACUGUAUGACGUUAUGAAUUACG